UCGCCUCCAGAGUGACGUAAGAAAGAGGCGCAGCUUGUUUUUAGGGUUCUUUACUUGACAUAAAACAUCUGUAAUGUAAGGUCGUUAGACUAUACAUUUAGGAUGGAUAUGUCUUGAUGUAUUUCAUACCUGAGGCCAGCAUUCGGGAGACGCCUUCUCGCCCGGACGUGCUCCAGAUGAGGCACGCUGCAAGUAUGCAGCCCGUUCAUAGAAGAGAUGCUGCCGUCUGGCACCAAACAAGAAGCCUCCUCUACAAGAAUCUGCUCAUCAAAUGGAGGACCAAGCAGCAGAGCCUUCAGGAACUCGUCCUACCUCUGCUCCUCUUGGGCCUCCUGAUACUCAUCAGCACCCAGAAUCCUCACGUUUACUAUGGAAGCAUCAGCACCGUGGAGCUGGAGCAGCACGAGCUCUUCUUCAAAGGCCUGGGCUACACUCCGAUCAGCAACGUCACCAGCCACAUUAUGGAAGAGGUGGCCCAGGAGUUGCACCUGCAGGAUCGUCUGGAGAUGUUUGCCAGUGAGGAGGACCUUGAGAACGCCAGCCUGUAUGAGCCCUCCAGCUACGUCGGGGUGGUGUUCACGGACAGCUCGGCCACGUCGUACAAGCUACGCUUCCCGUACAUCGAGCUGCCUUUACAUAGCGACUACACAGAAUCUAUUGGCAACUGUUUCACCAGCUUGUUGAACUGCAAAGCAGCGAACUACUGGUACUCUGGCUUCAUCCGCCUCCAGUCCCUGAUCGACGCAGCCAUCAUCCAGAUGCAGACGAAGCGCACCGUGUGGAGCGAGAUGGACCUGAAGGUGGUCAUGAUGGGUCAGCCAGGCUCCGUUGAGGUGCAGAAGUUCCCCCACGCCCUCAUCUCCAUCUACCUGGUCCUGGCCUUCACACCCUUUGUCACCUUCCUCAUCGUCAAUGUGGCAGCUGAGAAGGAGCAUCGCCUCAAAGACACCAUGACCAUGAUGGGUCUCUACGACACCUCCUUCUGGUUGUCGUGGGGCCUCCUGUAUGCGGCUCUGGUCACUGCCAUGUCCUUCCUGAUGGCCAUCAUCGCUACGUACACCGCCCUGUUCCCCAACAGUAACUUCCUGGUUGUCUUUGUCCUCAUCUUCCUCUAUGGAAUAUCAUCGAUCUUUUUCUCCUUCAUGCUGACUCCGUUGUUUAAGAAGCCCAAGUUUGCCAGCACGGUGGGCUCCAUGCUGACGGUGGUGUUCGGCUGCCUGUCCCUGUUCACCGUGCUGAUAAAGGACUUCCCGCAGCCACUGGUCUGGUUUUUCUGCCUCCUCUCCCCCAGCGCCUUCUCCAUCGGGAUCGCCCAGGUGGUGUACCUGGAGGCCCAGGGAGACGGUGCUGUGUUUUCCUCUCUGGCCAACGGUCCUCAUCCUCUUUACGUGCCCCUGCUCAUGCUGGUUGUGGACUGCGUCCUCUACCUUCUGUUGGCUAUCUACCUGGACCAGGUGCUGCCCGGUGAGUUCAGAAAGAGGAGGUCCUUGGUUUACUUCCUGAAGCCAUCCUAUUGGUCCAAACAUAGAAAGCGCUACGUUGAAGUGAGCUCCGUGUACGACGCCGAGGGGAAAGGAGCAACCGGCGGAGCCGAGUCCGUGGAGCCGGUUUCUGCCGAGUUCAGAGGGAAAGAGGCCAUCAGGAUCAACAACAUCCAGAAAGUUUACAAGGAGAAAGAUAACGUGGUGGAGGCUCUGAGAGGUUUGACCUUUGACAUCUACGAGGGCCAGAUCACGGCCCUGCUGGGGCACAGCGGGGCUGGAAAGUCCACUCUCAUGAACAUCCUGUGUGGCAUCUGCUCCCCCACUGGCGGCUCGGCCACCAUCUACGGCUCCCCCGUGGCAGAGAUGGCGGACGGCUCGGACAUGAAGCAGCUGGUGGGCAUUUGUCCCCAGUUCAACAUCAUCUUUGACGUGCUCACUGUGGAGGAACACCUCAGGAUAUUUGCAGCCGUCAAAGGGAUCCUCCCAUCGGACAUCGAGGCCGAGGUAAGCAAAGUGCUGAAGGACCUGGACUUGGAGAAGAUCAAGUCGGCUCAGGCCAAAAACCUGAGCGGAGGCCAGAAGAGGAAACUGUCUGUGGGCAUCGCCAUCCUCGGAGACCCAAAGAUCCUUCUGUUGGACGAGCCCACAGCGGGCAUGGACCCCUGCUCCAGGCACCAGGUGUGGUCGCUGCUCAAGAGCAGCCGGGCCGGCCGAGUCAUCGUCCUCAGCACGCACUACAUGGACGAGGCGGACAUCCUGGCUGAUCGUAAAGCUGUGAUCUCUCAGGGAAUGCUGCGAUGCGUCGGCUCUUCUAUGUACCUCAAGGUCAAGUGUGGCGUUGGAUAUCAUCUCAGGAUGUCGAUCAGUCAGGGAUGUGGAGCUGAAAACAUCUGUUCACUGGUCACCCAGCAUGUUCCCAAGGCGACGGUAUCCCGACAACACGAGGCCGAGCUCACCUUCACUCUGCCUUUUGAGAGCAUGGACACGUUUUCAGGUUUGUUCUCAGAGCUCGAAGAUAAACCCGAUCUGGGAAUUAUCAACUACGGGGUUUCCAUGACAACGCUGGAGGAUGUUUUUCUUCGCUUGGAGGCAGAGGCUGAAGUGGACCAAGCCGACUACAGCGUGUUCAGCCGGGAGCCGGCGGCGGAGGAGGAGAGCGACGGCGCCUCCGUGGACGACCAGGACCAGCGGCUGCUGGCCUUCUCAGACGGCAAGUCGGACGUGGUGUCGGGUCACGCGCUGUGGCGCCAGCAGUUCAGCGCUGUGGCCUGGCUGCACAUGCUCAACAUGCACAGGGAGAGGAAGGCCUUCAUCUACACCCUGGCCCUGUUCCUGCUGUUCGUCUCCGCCGUGCUGGUCCUAUCUCUGGUCUCGGGAAACCUCCAGAUUCAUUCCCCCGAACGGGAGUUUCUGCCCAUUUACCUCCUCAAAAGCAACCAGGUGCAGCGGAGAUACGCCACCAGCCUCCUGGUGCAGAACUCCUCAGAAUCUGAUAUUUCCGACUUAAUACGCAACCUGCAGUCUCAGAACAUCAAAGUGGAGAUGAUGACGCACAGCGACUACAUGGCCGCCGCUCCCCACAGCGCCGCCAUCAACGUGACAGGAUCCAGCAAGGGAUUCAAAUACAGCGUCGCGUUCAACAGCACCACGGUCCACUCGCUGCCGAUGGCUGUCAACGUGCUGAGCAACGCUCUCCUCAGAGGCCUGAACGGCACCGGCCGGAUCCGAACCUGGACCAAACCCUUUUAUUAUCAAAUCCCAGAUGCUACGUCCUACGCGCUGGUGUACAUAGAGGCCAUCAUACUGGGAAUGCUGGCUGCUGGAAUGCCGGCGUAUUUCGCAAUGGGCCACACUCGAGACCGAGAGAUCAAGUGUCGCUCCACCCUUCGUAUCUCGGGUCUGGUUCCGUCAGCCUACUGGUGCGGCCAGGCAGCGGUGGACAUCCCCUUCUACUACCUCAUCCUGUCCAGCAUGACCAUUGUCCUCUUCUCCUUCCACACCGGCAGCCUGCUCACCUCCAGCAACCUCACC